AUGCAUGCGGCCGUCCGACACGCAGCAGCUGACGCAGCAGCGCUGUACGGAAUUGGGCCGAGGUCGUCACCGGUGGGUCUUGGCUACACGGUGCUUCAUCAGGAGCUCGAGAGCCGGCUGGCUACUCUGAAGGGCACCGAAGAAUGCCUUCUGUUCGCCACGGGAUUUGCGGCAAACCUGGCAGUCAUGUCAGCUCUGGGGAGCAGCGAGGAUGCAGCCAUUUUCUCAGACGAACUGAACCAUGCAUCCAUAGGGCAGCUGCACAUCUACAAGCACAAUGACAUGCGGCACUUGGAGGAACUCUUACAAACCUGUCCAUCAUCCCACAGAAAGCUUGUGGUGGCAGACAGCGUCUUCAGCAUGGAUGGUGACAUUGCAGAUUUUGAGGGCCUGACGCGGCUGCGGAGGCGGUACGGCUUCCUGCUGGCAAUUGAUGAGGCCCAUGGGACUCUGGUCUGCGGCUCAAGGGGCGGCGGAGCAGCGGAGGCAUUUGGGGUGGGCGAGGAAGUGGACCUGCACAUCGGCACGCUGAGCAAGGCGGUAGGGGCGCACGGCGGCUUUGUGGCCUGCCAAGCCGACCUCAAGAGCCUGCUGAUCAACAAGGGCCGCUCCUACAUCUUCUCCACCGCUCUCCCAGCACCGGUGGUGGCAGCCGCCAUCGCCGCGCUGCAGGUCAAUGAACAGGAGCCAGACAGGCGUGAGCAUCUGUGGAGGCUGGUGAGGCGGCUUGGGGAGGGGCUGGGGGUGGAGGCCUGCAGCCCCAUUGUGCCUCUCAUCGUCGGCAGCGAAGCUGCGGCUGUGGCCGCCUCCGCCGCGCUCCUCGAGAGGGGCUUUUAUGUGCCGGCCAUCCGACCUCCUGCGGUUGCCCCAGGCAGCUCCAGGUUGCGCAUCACGCUGUCUGCUGCACACACUGUUGAGGACGUGGAUGAUCUGCUUGCCGCCCUCAAGGACUGUGGCGUAAUUCCUAUGAGAGGAUUGCAUGCGGCCAUUGCCAGUGGCUCGGCAGUGCAAAAUGUUGUCUUCCUGGCUAAGCUGUGA